CAAAGAAAAAAAGGACCAAAAAAAGAAAAAAAAAGUUGUUAUUUGGGUUGGUUGGGAGAAAAUACUGGGAACCCAGAGGCAUAUUAUGGCUGCCAAAAAGCUUCAGGAGACGCUGUCUAAGGGUGUGCUUGAAGAAGUUCAUAGAUAUGGUGGAAUGAAGCAAACCGGAGUCAGUCUCAGGUACAUGAUGGAAUUCGGCUCCCGACCCACCCCCCGCAACCUCCUCCUUUCUGCUCAGUUCCUCCACAACGAGCUCUCCAUUAGGAUUGCCAGAAGGGCUCUUGAGCUCCAGUCCCUCCCCUAUGGCUUAUCCUCCAAACCUGCCGUUCUCAAAGUGCGAGAUUGGUAUCUGGAUUCUUUUCGUGAUCUUAGAUCCUUUCCAGAGAUAAAAGACAAGAACGAUGAGCUUGAAUUCACUCAAAUGAUCAAGAUGAUUAAGGUGAGGCACAACAAUGUUGUUCCCACGAUGGCUUUGGGCGUCCAGCAGUUAAAGAAAGAUCUAAAACCCAAGGUGGACUAUCAGGAUCUGGAUGAGAUUCACCAGUUUCUAGACCGUUUUUAUAUGUCAAGAAUUGGGAUCCGCAUGCUCAUUGGGCAGCACGUGGCUUUGCAUGAUCCCAAUCCUCCUCCUGAUUGUGUGGGAUAUAUACAUACAAAGAUGUCUCCUGUGGAGGUUGCUCGACAUGCCAGUGAGGAUGCCCGCUGCAUUUGUUUCCGGGAGUAUGGCAGUGCUCCAGAUGUUAAUAUUUAUGGGGAUCCUAAUUUUACCUUUCCUUACGUACCUACACAUCUGCAUCUUAUGGUUUUUGAGUUGGUUAAGAAUUCUUUGCGUGCUGUUCAAGAGCAGUUUAUGAAUUCCGACAAGGUUGCACCCCCUAUUCGUAUAAUCGUCGCUGACGGAAUAGAGGAUGUUACCAUUAAGGUUUCUGAUGAAGGCGGAGGAAUUCCAAGAAGUGGCCUUCCAAAAAUUUUUACAUAUCUCUACAGUACUGCAAAGAAUCCCCUUGAUGAGCAGGUGGACCUGGGAAUCGCCAAUACAACAACUAUGGCUGGUUAUGGAUAUGGACUUCCAAUAAGCCGCUUGUAUGCUCGGUAUUUUGGUGGUGAUUUACAGAUUAUAUCCAUGGAGGGAUACGGGACGGAUGCCUACCUUCACUUGUCUCGGCUUGGUGAUUCGCAGGAGCCUUUGCCUUGAGUUUAGGACUAUGAUUAAAACUUUUAUCUCCCAUGUAGCUGCAUAGCUUCAUUAAAUACAAGUUUGCAGCACAAGGAACAUAAUGAUGUCCGUUCAGAUGUACUUCAGUUUUUAAGUUAUAAUUCCGAUGUACUUGCCAUGAGAUAUAAUCAAUCUCUAGGUGAACGAAGAAGACACCUUGGAUUCUUGCACUUCGACAGAAAUGCUCCAUGGUUAAGUGCUGAAUCCGACACUGAUCAUUUAUGAACUUCACACGCUUUUGAUCAAGUAGGUUUUGGCACUCCACAGACUCCAUGUCUUGGUGCUCGUUGAC